UGCCAACAGUCUUAGUCCUACAUUAUUACAAGUACUCAAUUGAAUUUUCAUCAUCGUUUUAAAUAUAACUCAAAAUUAUGCAUUUCAAGUGCGCCCUGGUUUUCUGCGCGCUGUAUUUUCUCACGUCAGCAUGGAGCACCGGACUGAACAGUUAUCAAUUAGAAACGUUGCAAAACCUGUAUAAACCUUACAAAACAACUAGAAAUGGAGUCAAGGAAGAGACAAUCAGACCAGUUGUGGAAAAUAUUUUUGGAAUGGAAUGGGAAGAUCCUGACUCUGAGUUUGGAUUCUAUUUAGAUGAGUCCGAUUCUAUGCAUUUAUUUAAUUUAUUGAGGAUGAUGGCCUUCAAUGAAAUCAAACAUACUGACCAAAUCCAGGUCAAAAAACUCACUCUUUCGGAAGUACAAUUUUACCUAGACGAAUUUGAGAAACGCUUUGAAUUUUAUAAACAAGAUGGAUAUCUUAAUCUUCAACAACUAUCACAAGUUUUCGUUAAUUGGAAAACUGUAAAUGAUGCGUUAAACGAAAGAAAAAAACAACUUGAAAUCGAAAACAAAAAGGACUAUGUAAUGAACGCGGCGGAUUUCUUGUUGACUAUAAUAGAAAUCAAACCAAAAGGCCUUGGUCUUACCCUAGCACAAAUAAAAAUGUUUAUUGAUUUAUAUGAUGCACACAAGACAUCAGAUGGCAUAAAUGCUGCAGCAAGUAGAGGAGUGUUCCAAGAGCUUGGUAUACAAAUAGAUGACGUUUUGGAAAAACGAUUUAAAUCCGAACGAACCGCUGAAAUAUUGUUGAAGGAUUUAAUCAUCGUUGCGGCAGAACGCAAUAUGACCGUUCCGAAAAAUGAAAGAAGAGCAUUAAGAGUAAGCGAGGUCGUAUCUGUUGUUCAAUAUUUCAAUGUUUUGGACAUAAACAAAGACGGUCUCCUAUCUUCGGACGAGUAUAUGGAAGACCUAAAGGGCGAUUUCGAAGAUGCUUUGGUGUCAAUAAAAGAGUCGCCAGAAGCUAUAGAAAGAGCGCAACAUUAUAUAAAUGUUAUAUUCAAAGGUAAUAAAACCAUAAACGUCGCGGAGUAUACUGAACUUAUGUUGUUCAUGAUGGAUUUAGAAGAGCUCAUUGAACCCGACGAUGCAAACUGAAAAUUUACAAUAGUUUAUAAUAUUAUUAAUUGGACAUGUUUAAUAAUCAUAAUGAUAAUAAUACGAGUAUUAUUUGACCAAGUUCGAUGUAAUUAUCAAUUGAAAUAUUAUGGUGUCUAAUAAUAAUAAAACUAUUAUAUUAUUUAGUUAUAGUAGAAAUUAGCUAAUAAUCGAUGUUU